UUGCACACGCGUAACGUUUCUCAUUCAAACCCCUUCCAUUCUCCUCCACUUGUCACUCACUUUUCCACCACUACUCACUAUUUCUACACACACCAUCACUCUUCUCUCUCACAUUCAUUUUUCUUCCAACUCUUUAUUCUCUUCUCCAAUGGCAGCAGCACCAUCUUUCACCACAGACCUCAAACAACGAAUCAUAACACCUGAUCAAGGACAAACAACAACAACAACCACAAACAACAAAAAUGGAUCAACAAUUAACAGCAAAAGAGACAAAAGAACCGCAAUGGCAAAACGUGGUCUUAGAUCACUCAUAAUAGCAGUUUCAUUCCCUCUCUCAAUAACCCUUUUAUCCAUUUACAUAUCUACUUCAUUCACCUCUUCAAACCACAUCAACCUAGUCAUAACCAGUUCAAAAAAGCCAUUUUGGUUUCCACCUUCCUGGGCUUUACACCUUAUGUUACCUGCUUCAAGCUUCUUGAUGGGUCUUUCAGCUUGGAUGGUGUGGGCUGAUGGUGGCUUUCAUAGAAAUCCAACUGCUUUUUUGCUUUACUUGCUUCAGCUUAUCUUUACUGUUCUGUGGGAUCCUUUUGUUUUUGGAGUUGGAGCAACGAGUUUUGGUUUGUUGAUUUGUUUUGGAAUUUUUGGGAGUAUGUUUGGGUGUAUGCGUUUGUUUGAGCAGGUUAAUCCUAUUGCUAGUACUUUGAUUAAGCCUUGUUUGGCUUGUAUUGCUUUUCUUUCCAUUGUUAAUCUGAAGCUAGUUUUUAUCUGAAAAAUCUUUAAAUACAUACAUGUUGCUUGUAUUGUAGCAGAAGGAAACAUAAAUAGCCAGUUUGACUGAUGUGUUGGAGACACCAGGUGUAAAUAAUAUGUAGAUUCCCACUUUUUUAAAUGCUUUGUA